AUGAUUGAUGGCAUCCACAACAUAGAUUAUCAGCAUCUAAGGGACGAAACAGUGAGGAUGAUAAACGAAAUACAGAUGGCCUUGCCUCUCGACAAUGGUGGGGAACUUAGUACUUUGCUGGAUGCAGAAGCUGGCCUUAUUAGACUUUGGAAAGAUUCACUCUUCGAAGACAAUAAACCUGUAGAAUCCGACAUAGAGAUAGGAAACCAAGCAUACCCAAACAGUAUGCAAACAGUGACACAUCUCAUAGUGUACUAUCUCCUUGAAAACGACUGUGCCGAUGUUGUUGAGAAACUAAUAUGCGAAAUAAAGGAUGGAAAGGAGGGAGUGGCAAAAAUCAGGGACGACUAUGUCAGGUUCAAGGAAAUUGUAUUUGAAAUAUCGAAGGACCACACUGGGCUCUUGAAGGAAUUUCUUGGGAGCUAUCCGAGCAAGAGGCUUGAGCUAUAUCUUGCAUCUCAUGAAUUCCUGCUGCUUAUACACCAUGGAAGAUAUGAUGAAGCCCUUAAGCUAUGCCUUGGGAAGCUAAGAUCGUUUGUUCCUACGUACAUUCAGGAUGUCAAGCCACUUCUCAAGUUCUUAGUAAAUCCUGCAAAUGUUGGAGAGGCCUUGGAAAAUAGCAGGGAAAGGCUUAUUGAGAGCUUCAAGUCUAAGUAUCUUGAAGUAAGUGGAAUGCCAAACAGAUGCUAUCUCAAAGAGCUAUUUGAGACAGGAACAUCUGCUUUUCUUCAGCUUUCCUCCUCUGCGAAUCUAUUCUUUGAUAAGGAUGAUCAGACUCUUCCUGUUGAGAUAAAGUUAGAGAAGGGAAGAAACUAUCACUCGCUCUUUAUAUGCCCGGUGUUAAAAACUCUUUGUGUUGAUGAAAACAUCCCUGUGAUGCUUGAGUGCGGGCAUGUAAUAUCUCUGGAAGCAGCAAGCGUGCUUUCCCAGGAAGGUGUCCUUAACUCUUUUAAAUGCCCCUACUGUCCAGAGAUGUCCAGAUACGAGAAUAUUCUGAAGCUCCGGAUUUAG